AUGCUCAAAGGCGAAUGCUACAAAUCUAUACAUGGAAGCCACAUUUUGCACUUUCACCAUGUGCUCGAUGCAUACGGUCAUCUGUCGUUCCGCCAUCCCAUGAACCCGUCUCUUUUUUACAUGGCACGAAGCAUCGCGCCCGCACUGAUUGCUACAAUGAACGAUAUAAUCGAAUAUCGCGUAUCAGACGGAGAGCCGACCAACCCUAAUAAUUCGGCGCAAGGCUAUAUUGAGCGAUACAUUCACUCCGAGAUCUAUUGCCGCUUCCCAGACAUCAACGCCGUGGUUCACAGCCAUGCCGAGUCGGUGAUUCCCUUCACCAUCUCGGGCGUGCCGCUCAAGCCGUGCUACCACAUGGCUGGCUUCUUGAAUCCUGAUGGCGUGCCGGUCCACGACUCGGCCAACGAUGUCGUCGCGCCCAACGUGCCGGAUCUGCUGGUGCGCAAUAUGUACAUGGGCGAGGCUUUGGCCAAGCGCUUCGACGACGGCAAUAAAGUGACGCUGAUGCGUGGUCACGGCUAUACAGUUGCGGCCGAGUCGAUCGAGCUCGCCGUCUUUUAUGCCAUCUAUACGCAGAAGAACGCUGCGAUCCAAACCGCUGCCGUGGGGCUGAUUGCCGCUGCUGGCGGGUCGAUGCAAAACUUGCGCUUGUUGAAUGAUGAUGAGGCUAGAGAGCGUUCUGCGUCUGUGGCGACGACGGCGAAACGCGCGUGGGAUCUGUGGGUGGUUGAAGUCGCUGAUUCUACGCUGUAUCCGAAGGAAUGA